AUGGCUGACCUUGUGUCUGAAUCCUUUUUUGAUCUCCCUAUGUUACCAUGCUCAGAUAACCUUCGAAGAUUGAGGAGUUCAGAGACGAGACUUGUUGCUUGUACAAUAAGAUUUGAAAGAGCAGAGGGAGAGGAGAUAAUGUCAAGUGGCCGAAACACCCAUUGGUGUUACAAUUGCAGGCGCCCGGUUCGUCUGCAAGGGCGAGAUGCAGUUUGCCCAAGCUGCGAUGGAGGAUUUAUUCAAGAACUCGAUGAUAUGGUUCAUGUCAGUCCACUGGAUUUCUUUGGACUGGACAAUGAUGAUGAUCAUGACAGGAGAUUUGGGUUCAUGGAAGCUUUCUCAGCCUGGCAGCAAUCGACAGACAGAAGACGUAGCGAUAUCAGGGGAAGAUCAGAUGUAGUUCCUGAACGUAACCCGGCAUUUACUCCUCUGUUGAUCUUUGGUGGCCAAAUUCCUUUUCGACUGUCUGGGAAUGGUGCAUUCGAAGCUUUUUUCAAUGGCUCUCCUGGAAUAAGUGUGACGCGGGGUAACGUGGGGGAUUAUUUUGUAGGUCCUGGCUUGGAAGAACUGUUUGAGCAACUUUCAGCUAAUGACCGGCGAGGCCCUCCUCCAGCAUCCAGAGUUUCAAUUGAUGCAAUGCCUACUAUUAAGAUCGCAAAUAGGCAUCUUCGUUCUGAUUCACACUGCCCUGUUUGCAAAGACAAGUUUGAGCUUGGAUCUGAAGCAAGGCAAAUGCCCUGUAACCAUCUAUAUCACACAGAUUGUAUUGUACCAUGGCUAGUCCAACACAACUCAUGCCCUGUUUGCCGCCAAGAACUGCCUCUGCAGGGAGCCGCAAGUGGUGGUAGCUCGAAUGGUCGAAGUAGAGGCAGUAGUUUUGGUAGCAAUACUAAUGGAAGGGAGGGUGGUAGAGAAAACCAAGGAAGGAGAAAUCCGUUCUCUUAUUUGUGGCCAUUUCGCUCAUCUGGUGCCAGCUCUAGCUCUAGCCAUACCCAUACCCAUACCCAUACCCAUAACCCGACAGCCGAAAGUAGCUCAUCGACUAUGCGUGAAAACAAUAAUCAGAUGGGCUAUUCAGGAUGGCCAUUUGAUUACUGA